UUGAUGACUCAUGUGGCGUUUUCCUUUUUUUGCCUUUUCUCCCACAAGUAGUCCUCUUCUGCACGCGCUCGCUCCCCAACCGCGCGCGCUCCUCCACGUGCACUCUCACACAGCGGGCAUCAUCAAACCCUUUACGUCAAUCAGACAGGAGGAAGAAGAAGGAGAAGGAAAAGAAGAGGAAGAAGAAGGCAAAUGAUGGCACGACAGUCGCGUCCAUCAUCAGCUCCCACCGAGACAAAUCAGUGCUGUUGUUUUUGACCAGAUGUCAGUGAGCGUGGAGCUGCACUGAUGUGACUUUACUUCCUCGCGCACACUCGUCCUGUGCAAGGUCAUCCUCGGAUCUGUGACUGACUGCGAGAACUCCGAGAUUAAAUGUCUUUGUUUUGUCGCAGAGGACAUGAACGCGGUGUCGAGUUUCGCACGGAUUUCGUCGAGCGCGCACUGACGCUGUGCGCUGAUCCUAUGGCAGACAUCACCAGUCCGCCUUGUGCCACUGUGAGAGAUUAAAUAGUCCGAUCAUGAGAGGAGGUGAAAUGAAGAGCCAGCAGCCAUCAGUGCUGGUCUUAACGGCUCUCCUGCUCUGCACAUUACACCAGACAACAGCAGCAGCUGCAGCAGCAGCUGGGUCGGGCAGAUCCCAUCACGGCAGGUCAGCAUCAUCAUCCUCAUCAUCAUCCACAGCAGCGUCCACUGCAGAGGUGAUGACAAGCAGAGACACUGUGGAGACACUCCACGGCUGGCUCAAACACACCAACACCACCACCAACAACUAUAAAAGUAGGACACCACCACCACCACCACCAAAGCUUGAAGAGGCACCAGAACAUGAGAGCAGCUUCUCUUUCAACACCAGCAGAGGAAAUGACACCACUGUGACACCUGAACGGUCUGGCACGAGCUGGAGCUCAGAGGAAGACGAGUCAUCAUCAUCACCACCACCAUCAUCAUCAUCAUCAUCACACUGUGCCUACAGAGUGUUUGAGGGAGGUAUCGGGGGCCAGCUGUGUUUUCGGAACACGCUGCCUGGGUACAAGUGUCACAAGGCCGACUGCAGGACAGUGGUGUCGCUGGGGAACCUGGUGGCCAAUAUUCUCAUCAAUGGCAGCGUACUGUUACAGUGGAGCCAUGAGGGCGGGUCCACGGUGGCCGCGCACGCUGUGAAGAGAGUGGCGAGAGCAGGGGACGCCGGGACGAAGACUCCGGGAUCAAACACUGUUUUCAGUAGCCCACACCGCAAGCGCGGAGGCUACGAGUUGAGCUGCUGGUGGAAUGGGAGCUUCACUCAGUUUGAAUGUGCCGGCGUCCAUCUUGGCUCCAGCUGCAGGGACUUCCUGCUGACCGAGCUGCACGAGAACAUCCCCUACCGGCUCUGCCUGCGCUCCCUGGCCUCCUCCGGUCCGGCCCAGAGUGCGGGCCGCCGGGACUGCGUGGAGUUCACGCUGCCACUGUCUGGGAUGCAGGACAUUGUGAUCGCCAUGACAACAGUGGGCGGAGCCAUUUGUGUGAUGCUGGUCAUCAUCUGUCUGCUCGUGGCCUACAUCACGGAGAACAUCAUGAGCCCGGCGACGCAGCACUCGUACUCGUACCGCACUCAUUCGUGUCACUAACGCACGCGACCGAUACAGCGAAAACUCUCGAUCAUAGUUGUCAUAGUUACCUAACAAUCAGCUACAUUAAAUAAUAUAUAUAUAUAUAUAUAUAUAUAUAUAUAUAUAUAUA